AUGGUGUGGGCGCUCGACCCGGACGUGGUGAACAAGAUUGCGGCGGGCGAGAUCAUCAUCGCGCCGGUGCACGCGCUCAAGGAGCUGGUCGAGAACGCGGUAGACGCGGGCUCGACGAUGCUGGAGGUGCUCGUCAAGGACGGCGGCCUGAAGCUGCUGCAGAUCACGGACAACGGAUGCGGCAUCGAUAAGGGCGACCUGCCGAUUCUGUGCGAGCGCUUCACGACGUCCAAGCUGCAGACGUUUGACGAUCUCGGCUCGAUCGCGACAUACGGCUUCCGGGGCGAAGCGCUGGCCAGCAUCAGUCACAUUGCCCAUCUGACGGUGACGACGCGAACACGGGACGACGUGUCGGCCUGGCGAGCCUGCUACGAGGCCGGCCGUCUGGCGCCACCGAAGCCGGGCCAGGACGCCGAGCCGAAGCGGGUGGCCGGCCGCCAGGGCACCCAGAUCGCCGUCGAGGACCUGUUUUACAACGUGCCGACACGUCGACGUGCCUUUCGCUCCGCCGCCGACGAGCACAAUAAGAUCGUCGACAUGCUCGGCCGCUACGCCGUCCACUGCGCCGGCGUCGCCUUUUCCUGCAAGAAGCACGGCGAGUCGUCCGCCAGCAUCGCCGUCCCGGCCGUCGCCACUACGGUCGAUCGCAUCCGCCACGUCUACGGCGGCGCCAUGGCGGCCGAGCUGCUCGCCCUCGACACGGCUGACGUCCGCUGGGGCUUCCGGGCUCGUGGCCAAGCCUCCAGCGCGAACCACUCCCUCAAGCGGACCACCCUGCUGCUCUUUAUCAACAACCGCUGCGUCGAGUCGGCCAACAUCCGCAAGGCCCUCGACGACCUGUAUGCCACCUUUCUGCCCCGACACGGCCAUCCGUUCGUCUACCUCAGUCUCGAUAUCGACCCGCAGCGCGUCGACGUCAACGUCCAUCCGACCAAGCGCGAGGUCCAUUUUCUGAACGAGGACGAGAUCACCCGCGCCGUCUGCGACCACAUCGCCUCCAAGCUGGCCGACGUCGACACCAGCCGCACCUUUGCCACCCAGACACUCUUGCCCACACGACUGCCCGCUCCCAGUCCGGCUUUGGCCGUCAAGAAGACACCGGCCCGGCCGUACGAGAACAACCUCGUCCGGACAGACUCCAACUUGCGCAAGAUCACCAGCAUGUUCACGCCCACAUCACCGAUGACCGUGUCAUGUCCUGCAGCAGCAGAGACCGCCCCAUCCGACGCUUCGGUCCAUCCGGGUCGCCAGCCCGCAUACGACGUGGUCGAGCGCGAACCAUCGGUCAACUGGCUCAGGAGCGUGCGCGAGCUCAAGGAGGCCGUCGUCGCCGACGCCCACGGCGGCCUGACCGACCUCUUUCGCCACUACAGCUUUGUCGGCAUCGUCGACGACCGGCGCCGUCUGGCUGCCAUCCAGAGCGGCGUCAAGCUGUACCUCCUCGACUACGGUCGUGCCUGCUUCGAGCUGUUCUACCAGCUGGGCCUCAACGACUUUGGCAACUUUGGCCUCAUCCGCUUCAGUCCGCCGCUCGAUCUCGCUCAGCUGCUGCGCAUGGCCCUCCGGCUCGCGCCCGGCAACGAUGGCCAUACGCCUAGCCCGGACGACACCAGCGCUGUCGAUGCCGUGCUCGCGCAGCUCGUCGAGCGCCGCCAGAUGCUGCUCGAAUACUUCUCGCUCGAACUCACGCCCACCGGCGAACUCCUCAGCAUCCCUAUGCUGAUUAAGGGCUAUACCCCACCGCUGACUAAGCUGCCCCACUUCCUCCUCCGUCUCGGACCCGCCGUCUGUUGGACGGACGAGAAGGCCUGCUUCGACACGCUGCUGCGCGAGCUGGCCCGCUUCUACGUGCCGGAGCAGCUGCCCAACGAGGACGAUGACGAUGGCGGUGUUGACGACGACGACGGCGACGGCGACGACAGCGAUGGCGAAAUGCGGGCCCGCCGAGCACAUGUUCGCCAUGCAGUCGAACACGUCUUCCUGCCGGCCUUCAAGGCCCAGCUGAUCUGUACGGCGUCGCUGAUGCAGGCAGGCUUGGUCGAGGUGGCCAAUCUCAAGGGCCUCUAUCGCGUGUUUGAGCGCUGUUGA